CAGUUAAAAAUGAACGAACGUGCAACCAUACUAUGGCUCAUAGCACUAUGCUCAUAUUCUAUGGCAAAACCAGCACAUAUUAUACUACCACCAGAACCAGCAGAACCAUCAACAACGAUAAGUCCAGAAGAUAAAAGCUUAGUUGAGGACCAUAUUCGAGAGAUAACAGAUGCACCAGUCGAUGUAAGGAAAAUUGUCUGGGAAGCAGAAGAACGAGUUCUGAAUAAGACUCAAACAUGCGAUGCGAGCAACGCUCCAGGGCGGUACAUGAUCUACUGCAGUGGGAAACUGCUACAAGCAGUUAUGGCUGUCAAACUUCACGAUGAUUCAAAGACAUUCGUGGACAGACCCAUGAAACCAGGACGUAAUGGUCCGGAUUUGCUCGCACAGUUCGAGAAACAAUUUCCUCAACCAGUCAGUCAGCUCCAAAGAGACGACGUGAAGGCGUUUGUGGAUGCGAAUUUCGAUGAGGAAGGACACGAGUUGAAAAGCUGCAAUCUCAGUGACUGGACCUCCAAUCCAAAGAUGUUCAAGCUUAUCAAAGAUGAUAAUCUCCGAACUUUUGCCCUUCAACUCAAUGAUAUUUGGAAGGAACUCUGUCGAGAAAUAAAGCCGGAAGUGAAGGAAUAUCCGGAACGCUACUCGCUGAUCUACGUUCCUCAUCGUUUUGUAGUGCCAGGAGGACGUUUUCGUGAAUUCUACUACUGGGACGCAUACUGGAUCGUCAAGGGUCUUCUUUUAUCCGGAAUGCACGAUACAGCUAAAGAAAUGAUCCUAAACUUCGCUCAUAUGAUUAAUACCUAUGGAUUCGUACCCAAUGGAGGUCGAAUAUACUAUUUGCGACGAUCUCAACCGCCACUGUUUACUCCGAUGGUUUACGACUACUACGUAGCUACAAAAGACAAAGAAUUAGUCCGGGAUAUGUUGCCAGUCGUUGAAAAAGAACUUAACUUCUGGAAGGCAAACCGCUCAAUAACGCUCAAUGUAGAUGACGAGAAGAUUACCAUGUUCCAGUACAGAACUCCUUCAACUGUACCAAGACCAGAAUCAUAUCGCGAGGAUGUCAUGACUGGCGAAGCGAUUUCGGAUGAAAACGAGAAACGACUUCUUUACCAAAAUCUGGCUAGUGCAGCUGAAUCCGGAUGGGAUUUCUCUAUUCGAUGGUUUGCCGACAAACAAAAUCUGGCCACGAUCGAGACCACCAACAUUAUACCAGUUGAUCUCAAUGCCUUUAUUUGCUACAAUCUUCAUAUCCUGGGCAAUCUCCACGGUGUGCUUGGAAACCAAAAGAAAAGUGCUACAUGGAUCGCAGAGUACAUCAAAUUCCGAAGACAAUUCCAAAAAGUUUUCUGGGUAGAAAACGCAAAGGGAUGGUUUGACUAUAAUUUGAGGACGAAACAGCACAACACCGACUUCUACGCUUCUAUUGCUGCUCCCCUGUUUACUCAGUGCUAUGAGCCAUUGAGUACAGAAAAGGCGGACGAAUUAUACGAUAAGUUGGAAGAGAUAGGAGUAUUCAGCUUUAGCGGAGGACUUCCAAUGAGCUUACAAAAGCAGAGCACUCAACAGUGGGACUUCCCCAACGGUUGGCCUCCUCUCAACCAUAUGAUGGUCGAGGGAUUACGUAAAAGUGACGACCCAAGACUGCAACAAAAAGCCUAUGUACUAGCAGAAAAAUGGGUCAUGGCUAAUUACCAAGUUUUCCAAGCAGACAAAGCUAUGUGGGAAAAAUACGAUGUGGUAGCCACAAAGCCACGUUUGGGUGGUGGAGGCGAAUAUGAUGUUCAGUUAGAUAAGGGCGACAACAUAGAAGAUUCCAAUUUGGAUCAUCAUAAGAGUGUUAACAAAGACGUAUAA